UUUCUUCCAUUUCCAAUUCAUCGCAUCCCCCAUCAUCAUCCUCACCAGUCAUCAGAUCCGGCCAGCCUCCUCCCCCCUCGCCGCCUCCGAGGAGCAGGGAUCCGUUGCGAUGGAGGGCUACGACCGCGAGUUCUGGCAGUUCAGCGACCAGCUGCGGCUGCAGAACAACUUCUCCAACCUCUCCAUCGCCGACUCCAUCUGGUCAUCCGCCACCUCCCCCAACAACCCCUUGCCCGGGCAGAGCGUCAACGCCUCCUCGUGGAAGCCGGCCGCCGCCAGCGGCCCGGGGCUCAUCGGCUCCGGCAGCAAGCUCGCCUUCGGCAACGCCACCACCACCAACGCCGACCGCUACAACUACUUCCCCGCCGGCGCCAACGCCGUCGCCCCCGACGCCAAGAGCAACACCAACAACAGCUCCGGCGGCCUCGCCUUCAGCAAGAGCGUCAACAGCCCCGCCGCGGGCCUCGGCAACGACUACUACUUCAGCAAGAACGCCGGUGCCCUGAACGCCAACACCAACGCCGGCGGCGACGUCAUCAAGAGCUACUUCAACAAGUCCGUCGGCAGGGCGGCCAGCAACAACAACAACAAUAACAACAGCAACUUCGGCGUCGGCAAGAAGAACGCCGCCGCCCACGACAAGAAGAAGAGCGCCGGCAGCGGCAACGGUGCCGGCGCCGGCGUCGACAAGAGGUUCAAGAGCCUGCCGGCGUCGGAGGCGCUGCCCAGGGGCGAGGCCAUCGGCGGGUACAUCUUCGUCUGCAACAACGACACCAUGGAGGAGAACCUCAAGAGGCAGCUCUUCGGGCUGCCGUCCAGGUACAGGGACUCGGUGAGGGCGAUCAGGCCAGGCUUGCCCCUCUUCCUCUACAACUACUCCACCCAUCAGCUCCACGGCAUCUUUGAGGCUGCAAGCUUCGGCGGAUCCAACAUCGAUCCAACAGCUUGGGAGGACAAGAAGUGCCCCGGAGAGUCCCGUUUCCCCGCUCAGGUGAAGGUCGCAACGAGGAAGAUCUGCGACCCGCUGGAGGAGGACGCAUUCCGCCCCAUCCUCCACCACUACGACGGCCCCAAGUUCAGGCUGGAGCUCAGUGUCCCUGAGGCACUAUCGCUGCUCGAUAUCUUUGCGGAGAAAGUUUUUGCCUGAGUACGAGUAUGAUGAGCUGACCAUGUAUGGCGAGGCGAGUACAGCAUACAUAUACCCCGUAUGUAUGUAUCUGCUUCUUGUGGAUUGCAGAGGGAAAGGAAUAAGAUCCGUGCAAGACCAAAACAAUAAUAAUUAUGUGUAUAAUGUUAGCACAAUGCUGGUUAGCAGCAUCUGAUUAUAUCUAGUAUAAGUUAUGCUAGAGCGUUGCCCGCUGGGCUUGCCUCGAGGAGAAAUGUACCCUUGUAUUGUAUCAGAAGAAUUUGUUUCAAAAAAAUUGUAUCAGAAGAAAAAGUUUAGAGCGGUGAUAACAUGCCGCCCCUCACUGUAUUAUACAUA